AUGUCUGGACGAUACGAACGAAUUAACGGUCAAGACGAGGAGGACUUUGACGCCCGAAACAACAACAACAACAACAACAAUCUCUCUCAUCCGAUCCCCCACUCGCCACCUCCCUCGUUUCACUCUCGAUCUUCUUCUCCUCAACCAACACGCCAGGUAGACGCUACUCUCGCCGAUGCCUUUGACGAUGAUGACGAAAGCGAUGAUGAGGUUGAUGAUCGGAGGCGAUUGAUGCGACAGAAUUCGACACCAUCUAUGGAAAAUGUGAACACUGUGCCAACACCUGCUCAACCGGCUGCUCCGGUACCAACGCCGUCCGGUUCAAGGUCAACGAGAAUUGUAGGAGGUGGUUCUGGGUCAGAUGGUGUUUUUGCCAAUUUGUCUGCGCGCCCGGAGAGAGGGAACAGUGAUCCUGAGAAAGACGAGUUACCACCGUCCUACGAGCAAGCCGCGGCCGAUGCUGCUCCUCCAUAUUGGGAGACGACUAUUCUCGCUCCCGGUAUGGGAGGACCCGACGAGGUUUACAUCGACGGCAUGCCAGUUGGCUCAUUUUUCUCCUUUGUCUGGAACGGCAUGAUCUCAACAUCCUUCCAGCUCGUCGGUUUCCUCCUUACAUAUCUUCUCCACUCAACCCACGCUGCGAAGAACGGUUCUCGCGCUGGUCUCGGCAUAACUCUUAUUCAAUACGGUUUCUACAUGAAAGGCGUUUCAGAAGACGAACCCCCAGCGAUGAGCGGCCCCGAUGGCUACGCCGCACCACCCGACCCCAAUUCCCACAACUUUAAGCAAGGCGACGUAACAGACGAUGAUCUCGGCAGCAUUAGUGGUGGCGAGUGGCUAGGAUACGUGCUCAUGGUAGUCGGCUGGUUCCUUCUUAUCAAGAGUGUCGCUGAGUUUCUGCGAGCACGACGUCACGAGCAGCUUGUCCUCCAGAGCCCUGAUCGCGGUCUUGGUGUACCGAUCAUCGCUGAGGGAGAGUCGAACGAGCGAGUAGUCUAAAUUAGCGGAUUUGAAUAUGUACAACAAUACCAUUAUAUCAUGGAAGCGCAUCAGUCGAGAGACGUAGGCGUUAGCUCUUUUCCUUUGGCGUUUCUUGGGUGGAUGGAUGGGAAAGAUGUUUUGGUUCCUACUACAAGCUUAGUGUUUGGCGCGUCACACGCAGUUUCAUACGUCUCUAUAUAUGUCUCUUAACAUGAUUUUGGUUGUAUUUAUGAUUGG